CGCAACAAAUAUCCAGCCGUGUCUACAAGAGAGGAAGAAACCAUGAGUCAACCCGAAAUGACGGAUUUCGAAAGGUUGGAGGACGAGGAGGAGGAAAUUUUUGACAAUGACGUGGGCGAAGAGAAUACGGAGGACUCCAAGUUCGACGAGAUGAUCGGUGUGCUCCAGGAUAUUCUAAUCGACCCUGAUUUUGUCGGCAUGCAGAGCGAGUUCUGCCGCAACAAUUGCGAGAUCUUCGACAACGUGUCGGAGAACAAACUAAUUUACAUGGACAUCUUCCAGCAGUACACUGACCUCAUGGAGACGUUCAUUGAGCGGCGACUGCACGAGAAGCUCGAGUCCUUCUCCAUGGCGGAUCUCUGUAAUCAGAUCCAAGAGCAUGAAGACGAGAUCCCACCGGAUGUUAUCGAUGUCCUACUAAGCAGCUCGGAUUUUGAAGAGUUCAAGAGUCUCAUGCUCUCGUUCAAGCAAAAUGAGAUCCCGUGUAUUGAAAUCACCGGAGAUGCUCUUAUUUGCUGCAGUCCCUAGGAGAAGGAUGUCUUCAAGGGCUAUUGCAGUGGGAAUAUGGUGAAGAAUUGCGGCUUU